CGAGGGGAAAAUGUUGCACCCUGUUUUGUCAUCGAAUUCGUGCACGUAAAGUUAAUCAACAAACAACAGUCUUGGAUUUUUUUCUUAUCCGACUCUCUCAGACGCUUAAAGUUAAAAUAAAAAGAAGAAAACGUUUUGAAUUUCGGAACGGAUAUAAUACAUAGUGCACAAGAUCGUGUAAAUAUUGCUUGUUUACAUGUCCUAAGAAGAUAAUUCUGUUAGGAUUAAUUAGAAAUAUCUUCAGAUCUACUGACUGUUUGUAGAUGUAACAAUGGAUAAAGUGUAUGGAUUUUAUAACUCUCAAGCAUCUCCACAGAUUUCUCCGAAAGAUUAUUUCUCGAAUUAUAGUACAUUAUUAAAGUCUUCCGUAUGCUACGAAAGGGAGCAAUCAACGGAUGAAAAGAUGUUUCAACUUAUGGGUGUGGGACUUUCAAAAGCAAGAUUAGAUUUAAUGUCACAUUAUUGCAGUGUCAAUAAUUUAAGGACAGCAGAAAGUGUCAAUGAUGAAGGAAGCAGAGAUAAAGCACAUGAUAAAUGUCUUGAAAAUAUUUCAGAUAAUACUCAACUAGAGACACUCAAGGCACUGAAGAAAUGUAACAUCACCUUGUUACAGAAGUAUAAUACUCAAAGUGGAAUUCCAAUUAUAUAUGACAAAUUGGAAAGCAGUAUCGAAAAUGUAACACCAGGCCUAGAUUUUCUAGUUUACGUUCAAGUUUACAAGCCAUUUAACUCCUUUACACAUCGUAGCAAGUAUUAUAAACCUACUAUUGAAAUGCUUCGAAUUAAAUCUGUCAUAUCGAUAUUAGGAUGUCAGUAUCUUACCGAACUUCGCAAGAAGAUAACGUGCAUAUCUGAUUUGUCGAUUAUGACAAAUGUUAGUAUGAAUCCAGAUAAACAGACGAGAAAAUUGGCAAAAGAUGUCUAUAAGUCAGGAUUCUUUUUUAUCGAAGAUACCUUUUACAACGAUAUGAGAGACGCGAACAACGACGAUUACAGUGAUGUUAUAAUAAAGUGGGCGGCAAUUAACAAUAGGCUGGGCCCAUUUAAAACUGCAAGGAUGGAAGACACUCGAGUAGAUUCUCUUUGCGCGAGAUUUGGUUAUCCGUGGGUGUACAUACAUCAGGGCUGUUGCGAGCAUUUGAUCGUACUGUCCGAUGCUAGGUUAGUGACCGAGGAUGAUGAUUUGUUGAUAUCCACCUACCCGAAAAUAGAGAAGAUAAAACCCACCACUGGGAAGAAUUGCUCCAUGUGUGGGAUACUCAACGUGCACUGGAUCUUGACGGAGCAUGACAGAAUACCGCACGACACGAGUUACUUUUGUGAGAAUUGUUUCAAGUCGUACAAUUAUAUCGACGGCAAGAAAGUUGGGAACUUCAAAGCGUAUAGGUACCCACAUUUGCUGGAGCUCGAGCGAAGAAAUAUCAAAAAUGAGUAA